AUGGAGCAUCCAACUUUUAAAAAGCUCCCAAAUGGGACAAUCAAGCUAAAGGCCUCUACUGAGGCCCAAGCACGCCUCAGUAGAGGCAAAACUAAGGCUGCGGUGAGGGCAAAGACACCGGAGGAGGUGGAGGAAGAAGCCAGAGCCCACGUCGUCAGAGAGGGUGGCGAUGUCACCAACGCCACCCUCGUCCUGAGCCGGUGGAGGGUCCAGUUUGGCCGGUACCAGGGCCAGACCUUCCACUGGCUUCUGGAAAACGACGUGGGCUACAGCGUGAAUCUGGUAGCCUCCCACCAGAAGGAGCGAGAGAGGACGGGGUCUCAGUCCCCACUGAUGGCCAACAAGGAUGCCCUCACCCGCUACUCCUCAGCCUACCCUGACUUUGUGGAGGCAGUCAGGUUCCACCGGGCGUUUGAGGAGGCGAGGGUGAAGGCUCUCCAGCCUGGUCAGGAGGGACAGGCCCUUGUUGGCUUCGGAGAUUUUAAAUUUGAGACCCUGCAGAGCCUGUAUGACUCCAAGGAGCCCGACGAGAGCGUGAUAAACAGCGAGUCUUCUACCCUGCCAGACAACAGGAGAGGCAGCCCAAGGGGCGGUUCAAGGCAUCAAAGGGAAGAACAGCUCCUGUCCUGGGAAGGAGAGUCUCCAUUGCUGCCUGCUCGGACAGACCUCGGGCCCUGCAAACUGGCCGGAUGCAAGUCGUCUAGUUGUGGCCAUUUGCAGCAGCUCUGCUGUCUGCAUCCCGGGGCCACACACACAGGAGAGACCCUGAAGACUUGGUGGUCCCUCAUCCUGGCGGACUACGUGGCCAUCAGAGAGGUGGUGCUGGCAAGCCCGAGGCUGAUGGCUCAGACUGACAUUCAGCUGUACGAGUUGAACCAGAGGACUCUGUGGCAGUGGUGGCGAAGGAGGAUCCCUGUUCCAGCCAUCGCCAGCAACUCCUUACCUGCUGCAACAGGGCUGUCCUCGGUUCAGGUGGGACAAGGACAGCCCUUCAACUAUUUGCUUCCUGAGGGUCCGUCUCCUUUUCCUCUUCCUCCACUUCCACCACCUUCUUCUCCCGGUCUGCCUCCUCCCUCCCUCCCUCUUCUCCUGGCUCAACCCAAUCAAGCUGUGCUGCCUCCUCUUCCUGUACCCAGGUCCACAACCUAUAGGGAGAGGAUGGCGGCUGUGGCUGCAGGAGAGGAGCCUCCCCCCGGAGCCAGACCCCAUCCACAGUACACCUGUAGAAAGUGUGGCCAGCUGAAAAUAUUUGACACUGGUCACACUGUAUUAUGCGGCUGUUGGCGGAAAGACUGUGGAGAAGUGGAGGGAUGA